AGAGCCAACAACGCUACUGAUAUCAACAAAAGACGUCACAGGGUCUUACAGCGAGUCCGAUACAGCUUCCGCGCUGACAAGGAGCCUUUGACAGUGUUUGUGAUAUAGAGGUCUUUGCGGUAUCGUAUCACGAGCGACUGGCUGACUGACUGGCCGGCCGAUUUAUAUAUACAAUCACCACAGUCGCGAGGUAGACAAGAAAAGAACCGGCACAGAGAGAGUGUGUGAGCGAAGCAAGGAAAUAGCGACUAACAGGACUCGUUGCUUUAGUGGGGCAACUCUCUCUCAUUGAUAUUUAAUACACCUUGCUUGCUGCAACGUUUAACGCAGUUCGUGCAGUGUCAUUCAACGAGCAGCUGAUUUGGUCAUUCCUCGGUGUGUUGUCAGUGCCGACAGAAGGCGACGGCGUCCAGCGUUGUCAGAGACUGACCGGCUGUGAUGACCACCAACGUGAUGUACAGUGACAUGGCCGGAAUACAAGCCCACCUCUCUCCGUCCCACCUCCUGCCGAAGAUAGGAAGUGAACAGCAUAAAAAACUAGAGGCGAAUUUCCGUCAAAAUCGGAAUCCCUCGGACUUAGAUGUGACCUUAAUCGCUGCUGAGGUCGGAUUAGAUGAGGAGCAAGUCAAGAGAUGGUUCCGCCAUCGCCUGGCAUGCUGGAGACAACAGCAAGGCCUGCCAGCCAAUAGCGGCUCAGUCAACGACUGACGUCAUACAUGGAUCCCGAACGAGGCUACGAAAGCUGAACGAGUUAUCGACCUUGCACAUCGACUGUGUGUACACGCUUGAAGACUUGUGUUGUGUAUUCAACGCUUAAUUGUUAUUGUUAUGUAUUUGUUCCAGGUAUUUACGGUUCCUUUUGGAAAUUCAGGGAAAUUUAUUGAGGGCUCUUUUGUCAGAUGUCAUUUUCAUUUGUAUAUAAGUCGCAACAGUUACACCUGAUAAACGUACCGCAUGUUGCUUAUUUAUCGCCAUUGUGUUAAACCACUGUGUAUGUCUACUGUAAAAUAUAUUCAGCUAAUUUAUUGACGGAUUGUGCAGUAGGGGUGAGGUAAGAGAGGAUAAAUGUAAAUAAAAAGCAAUUUCAAAGCAA